AUGAUUGCCCUUAUGUAUGUUUCGGGAAUCAUAUUUUCAAGAGUAAGUCAAGAUGAUGAUCACGGAACAACAGGACUGUUUAAGAGACCAAGACUGACAGUAAAAUAUGGCAUUAAUUGCUCAGCAAUCUAUAACUUGGAACCUGUCGAACUGGGAAAAUCUUUAAUUGUCCGUAAAAACAAAAGCUAUGUGGGGCCUUCUGACAUGAAUAUUGUGAAUGGCACCGCUGACUGUGUUCGGUUUGUUGUAUCAGAGAGUUUUGAUGUGAAACAAGGCUCUGAGUUUGAGCGUGAGUUUCCUCUUGCUUACUCUUUGGUUGUUUACAAGAAUGCUGAUCUAGUGGAGAGAUUAUUAAGGGCCAUUUAUAUGCCACAUAAUGUUUAUUGCAUACAUUAUGACCAGAAGUCUUCAGAUGACUUUAAAUCAGCAUUGCAAGGACUGGCCCGCUGCCUCCCUAACGUCUUCAUUUCCUCAAAACUGGAGAGGGUGCAGUAUGCUAGCAUCUCACGCCUCAAAGCGGAUCUCAAUUGCCUGUAUGAUCUUCUGGAGUCUGAGGUCAAGUGGAAGUAUGUCAUCAACCUGUGUGGUCAGGACUUUCCUCUGCGGACGAAUGCAGAACUGGUGAUAGAUCUAAAGAUGCUUAAAGGAAUGAACAUGGUGGAAACCAGACAACCUGGCAUGAAGAUACGGCGCUGGAGUUUUCAUUAUGUCCUUAAGAAUAACAAAUCUGAAUACUAUAAGUCACCUCACAAAACUUUUAAAAAGAAACCUCCUCCACCUCAUAACAUAGAAAUGUUUGUGGGCAGUGCAUACUUUACACUCUCACGGGAAUUUGCACUUUUUGUUCAGUGGAGUCCUCUAGCCAGAGAUUUCUUGCUUUGGUCUGAGGACACAUACUCACCCGAUGAACAUUUUUGGGCAACUCUGGUUCGUGUGCCGGGAGCACCAGGAGAGGUGAUGAGAUCUGACCCCAACAUCACGGAACAGACAAGUAAAACUCGCCUGGUGAAAUGGUUGGCUUUGGAAGCUAUUCUUUACCCACCAUGUACUGGAAAGCACAUACGGGCUGUGUGUGUUUAUGGUGCUGCUGAGCUCAGAUGGCUUUUAAACUACGGUCACUGGUUUGCUAAUAAAGUGGACUCAAACACAGAUCCUAUUCUUAUUGAAUGUUUAGAAGAGAGGCUUUUAGGAAAAUGGGGAAGGUCAAAAUUACAUUAAAAUUAUAUAUAUAUUUCAUUGAGUCUUUUGGAAAUGCAUUUGGACCGUUGUUAAUUCAAUUGUAAGUUCUGUGUAUUUAAUAUUUAAAUUAAAGCAUAAACGGUGUGUUACUGUGUAAAAUGCUUAAC